AACCAAGGGACGCGGCGUCCAUAAUUGGCGCGAGCACAGCUGCAGCAUUUCAUUUGUUUGUUGUAUUUUUCUUUAUACUUCUCAAGAUGGAACAAACGACGUCGGAGACACACAUGCUUGAUAAUGCGCCGAUCUCAUCGAUGUCAUCGUUUAGCUACAUUCCUCCCGUACGGAAAUAUUCGAAGGAGCUUAGUUAUUUCAAUACUGAAGGAAAGGGUCAACAUAUUUCAGCUUUUGACUGCCAUUUCAGAAAAUCUGAAGGCUACAAUGAGAAGCUUCACCGUGAUGACAGAGAACAUGCUAAGAGCAGAGGACUUGAUGUGCACAGUGAGGAAAUGUCAAGACCUGUACCUGUCCUAUCCUCAUCAGACUAUGGGAGACACCAGGCCUACGCUCUGGAUAAAACAGACCGACAGCACGUGAGAGUUGGAUACGUACGCUCCGAAUUUUACAGGAAAAAUGGGAUUUAUCACUCAGUUGAAGAAGGAUAUGGAUCCGUCUUUCCAGCCUAAGUGGAAAUUUGGAUGAAGAAAAAUAAUAUCUAGUUGAUUCGCAGCCUUGUAAGUGGCACCAGUAUUCAUCAAACAAAGUUCAGCAUGGUGAUUAAAACAAAGAAUUAGAAUGA